AUGGCUAAAGGCAGGGAGAGCGUUACGCUGACCGGUCCGCUCUCCCCAGAUGCUCACUACGCAGCGGUACGAGCCGACCUGGACUCUGACGCCCAGGACCUGGAGGCAGACUCGUGGAGUUUGGCAGUUGACCAGCAGUAUCUUAAGAAGCACUCUAAGGAAAUCGUGAAGAGGCAGGAUGUGAUAUACGAGCUGAUGCAGACGGAGGUGCACCACGUCCGAACGCUGAAGAUAAUGCUGCGAGUCUACGUCCGAGAGCUGAAGGAAAACCUCCAGAUGGACUCGGGCAGGCUCGACUGUCUGUUCCCCCGCCUGGAAAGCCUCCUGGACCUCCACACACACUUCCUGUCUCGCCUCAAGGAGCGGCGGCGGGAAAACCUGGUCUCACCCAACGACAGAAACUACACCGUCAACAGGCUGGCAGACAUCCUGAUCGCUCAGUUCUCAGGUGAAGUCGGAGAGAGGAUGAAGGACAGUUAUGGAGAUUUCUGCAGCCACCACCCUGAAGCUGUCAGCUACUACAAAGAUCAGAUGCACAACAACAAAAGGUUCCACAACAUCAUACGGAAAAUCAACAACCUGUCCAUCGUGCGGCGGCUCGGAGUGCCUGAGUGUAUACUGUUGGUGACGCAGCGGAUUACCAAGUACCCGGUACUGGUGGAGCGCAUUCUGCACAACACCGAAGCGGGUUCGGAGGAGCACGAGGAUCUGUCUCGAGCUCAGGGUCUGAUCAAAGACACCAUCGUGCAGGUGGACACGCUGGUUAACCUCCACGAGAAGAACUCCAGACUCCGCGACAUACACAACAAGCUGGAGCCAAAGGCGCUGGGAAAAAUCAAAGACGGUCGAGUGUUUCGCAGGGAGGACCUCGCUCAGGGCCGGAGACGGCUGCUGCAUGAGGGAACGGUCAGCUGGAAAGCUGCUUCUGGCAGACUCAAAGAUAUUCUAGCGGUGCUCCUGUCAGAUGUGCUGCUGUUGCUACAAGAGAAGGAUCAGAGAUAUGUGUUUGCUACGGUGGAUAACAAGCCGUCAGUGAUCUCCCUCCAGAAGCUCAUCGUCAGGGAGGUGGCCCACGAGGAGAGAGCCAUGUUUCUGAUCUGCGCCUCUUCCAACGAGCCGGAGAUGUACGAGAUCCACACCACCUCCAAGGAGGAGAGAAACACGUGGAUGACGCACAUUCGGCAAGCUGUCGAGAGUUGUCCUCACACUGAGGAGAGGCUGUUCAGCGAGGAAGAGGAGGCACGAGCGUCCAGGCUUAAAGAAUUUCAAGAGCGACUCUGUCAGAAGGAUGCGGUGAUCGUGCAGGCUCUCACUGAGAAGCUGCAGCUGUUUGCGGACAUGGCCGAGUCCGUGGCCGGUCUGGAGGACGCGGCGUCCAGGUCCAGACUGCUGCUUCGAGGAGACUCCUCGGACCUCCACCAGGGGGAGACGCUGCUCAAAGGAGCCAUCACCGAGGUGGAGAACCUCCAGAACCUGCUGCAGUCUGGAGUGAGGGAGGAGGCGCCGCCCUCUCGGACGGAGGACGGCGGAGGCUCCGGGGUUCUGCCCAGGAGAGCCGACACCUUCGGGGGCUACGACAGCAGCCCCAGCAUCCUCAGUAAGAAUGGCAGCGCGAAGAAGAACUUUUCUGGCGAGUCCAGAAACAGAGACAGAAGCCAAAGAGCCAGCUCGGACCCUCAGCUCAAAGACCUCUGUGGCGGCCACGCCCUGGAGCAGACGGUUGACGAGAGCUGCUGCUCUCCCGCCAGAUGGAACCGCAUCUGGUCCGACUCCUUCCCCGAGGCCGAGUUCUUCGACAGAGUGCUGAUGCUCUCCCAAAGGCUCUACAGUCUGCAGGCCAUCAUAUCCCAGCAGGACAGCCACAUCGAGCUCCAGCGGGCCUCGCUGACGGAGCGCGCCUCCCUUCCCGGCCGCCACAGAGGAAACGUUCUCCUGGAGCAGGAGAAGCAGCGAACUCUGGCCCUGCAGAGGGAAGAGCUGGCCAGCUUCCACAAGCUGCAGUCUCAGCACCGGCAGGAGCAGCAGCGCUGGGAGAAGGAGAGGGAGCGACACCGGCAGCAGGUCGAAGCUACCGAGGCCAAGCUACGGCAAAGAGAGGAGGAGUGCCGACGGCAGGAGGAACAUCUGGCGAAGGAGAGGGAGGAGCUGGACAGGCAGAGGAAGACGUACCAGCAGGACCUGGAGAGGCUGAGAGAGUCCACCAGAGCUGUGGAGAAAGAAAAGGAGCGUCUGGAACACCAGAAGAAGAUAAAGAGGAAGACCAUUGAGGUGGCUCCGAUGUCUGGCAGCCUGAACGGGGAGCUGCUCUCGUCCUCGGGCCUCUCCGGCUCCACCGGCAUCCCCGACCUGCCCCAGAAGCCCCUGGUCCGGGCCAGCAUGUCGGUGUCGCCGGCCGACUACCCGGAGCGCCCGGAGCUGAUGCUGCGGCGGGAGGCGGGAUCCUCGACUCUGCCGCUGAAGACGGAAGUGCCGCUGCAUCUGGUCAGCACCACCAACCAGCAGCACAAGCUGCUCGGCGUGCAGCAGCAGAUCCCCACCAAGCUGGCCGCCAUCAACAGCGGCAAGAGCAAAGGAGGGAAGAGCGGCAAAGCGUCGCAUCGCACCGACAGCACCGCCUCCGUGGACAUGAAGCAGAUGCUGCCCCUGAAACUGUCCUCCAGAGAGGACAACGCCCUGAAGGCCAAGCGCUCCGUCAGCCCCCACCAGCAGCAGCAGCUGCCUCCGCCGGCGCCUCCUCAGCCCCUGCAUCACCUCGCAGAUCAACUCAGUCCUCCAGACAGCGCCGGACCAGACGGCCAGUCCCACCCCGCCGGUGUCCAGAAGCCCGCCAUGCCUCCUCAGCCCUCCAUGCAGCCUCCCAGCAUGCCCCCCCACUCCCAGAGCACCGGCGCUCUGCAGUUCCAGCCGCAGAGCGUCGCUCCCGGCAGCCAGGUAAACGUGCACGCGCUCAGCCACAGCCACAGCAUGCCGCCGCCGUACCACAAGGUCACCACGGAGGACCUCGCCAAGGAGGACGUCAUCUUUUUCUGAACUCAAAGUCAAAGCACCGAUCGCAAGAUUAAAAACUAUCGUGGGGCUGAUCCCCAGACUGCUCGUUAAACCCAUCGCGAGGAGCAGCGCAGCGACGCAAACGCAGGUGUCCGAAUAUCGGUACGACGUCGCAGCAGUUUAUCGCGUUUAAUUAAGAUUCUAAACUGCCAACAAUAGAGGAGUACUUCAGUUUUAUUUAAGUUUUAGUUUUCUAUCUAAACCCGAUGGAGAGGCAGCAAAAGGCGUCUUGUAACGUGUGUGUGUGUGUGUCAAAGGUUUAAAACGAAGUUAAAUCAAUCCAAAGACCACGAGAGCCGAAGGGGGGACGGGACUGAAGGGAAGAUGAACUGUACUUUCAGGAGUCUGGACGGAGCGUUGGCCCGACGGCAGGUUUCUCUGCUGGACCUGGAAACGCAUGAAAUGAUUCAACAGGAGCUGAGAGGCGACGCAGCUCUUCACACAUAAACACUCUCUGCUUGAUGUUUCAUUUGCACACUGUACAUACUCCAUUCCAGACUAAUGAAUGAACCUUUGUGGACAAACUUGUGUAUUAUUUGGUUGUACAGCCGUCAAAACGUUGUGAAGUUUGUUGUUUGUACUCGUCUUAAUAGUGCUUAAAACCGAAGGAUCGCGUCUUUAGCGCCGCCGCCGGCUGUGAAAGUGUUUUUUUUUAUUCUAAGCUGUUGUGUCGAUAAUUUCAAUUAAGGGAGGCUUUUGGCUGAUUUUAUUUCUAAACUCCCAGAAUCCUUUAAACACUGACGGUUAAAUCAUUUCUACUUAUUAGCAUGAAGCAUAUUUCCAAACAUCUUCUUAAGCACAUUCGGUUGCGUUUUCUUCCUGCAGCUGCGGCACUGAUCAGAAAUAUGUACAUUUAAGUACGUAACUUAAACCAGACGUUAUCAUUUGAAGGUUUUUCUCACAGACUUGUGGUUUGAAAUGAAGGAAAUUAGCUAAAGUUGGCUAAAAUUUUGCACCAUUCAGCAUUUAAUGAGUUUGUCUACAUUUCCCCAGAACGACCCCUUUAAAGGACAAAUCUGUGUAAAACAUUUCUGCUGCCAUUUUGGAUUGAAGGUACGUUUCAGGACGUUUCAUGCUGGUUUAAAGGGUGAAAUUAACUUUAAACUGCUUCAGUUUUCUGGACAGGAGAAGAAGAAGUUAAAAUCCACCGUCGUACAUUCAGCUUUUUCUCAGUUGGGGGAAGAUUUAAAGCACAAAUGUUGAAGGAAAUCAACAAACUGAGGGUAAAUUAGGAUUCAUAAAACCUGCGUAUUAAACGUUGUGUUCCUUUGGUGUAUUUAUGGAGAAAAUUCAGACUCACAAGACAAAAAAAAGCCAGAUCGUUGACAGAACUGAAGCAAUUUAAGCUUAAUAGAAUCCCAGCAAUCUGAUUAAUUUAUUUUUUUAAUCGAAUCAAUAAUUAAUGUGCCGAGUCGCGCGUUUGAAAAGCUCGCGUCGCUGGACCCCGCUUUGCUGACUUUGCUGAUUCUACUUAACCAGGACGUAUUUGAGAUAAAUAUGAAGAUGGCGCUUUUAAUUAAGGCUCAGAGGUCUUAUUGAUUUAUCGAUUCCUGUUGACAUUUCCACGUCUCGGUCUUAAAUCUCUUUGCUGUGACGGAUGCAGCGACGAUCGUCUGCCGUCUCACGUUUCACUCUUUCUUUACACCAAACAUGAGGAGAAGUCCGUCUUUGUUGUUCUCCUCUGUGUGCACGAGAUCCUUUCACAUCAGGAAGCAGCUGAAGCAUCAGUAGGUUUUUGUGUCUUUGGAGGGGAAAAGAGCUUUUUUGUCCAAAUCAGCUGGUGUGUGUUAUGUAUGCUGUUGUACAUACUGUCUGUUCUGCACCGGCCGCCUCCUCCUGACACGAAUCCAGAUGUUGAAGUCUUUGUCCGUGCACAUCUGUACGGACACUACACCGUCGCUCGUUGUGUAAAUGAAACUUUAAUCUCUCGUCUGCCGAGGCGACGAUGCAGCAGCCGUUUGAAAACUGAACCGUCUGCUUGUUUUCGGUUGGUUAAAACCAAAGAGACGUUCAGCCGACUGGGAUAAACGUGUGGUCGCCCGCAAAGUGUUAUUGCUCGUAGAGAGGAGCCUCCGGGGACGAGCGUGUUUACUGCAGGUCCAGCUCACAUCCGGCUUCAGAUUUGGAUUUGUUUGCAGAAAUCUCCUCGUACGAAUGAGAUCAAUAGCAGACAGUAAAAGAGUGGAGACGUCUGGCUUAGAACUAAUGACUAGUUUUAGAUUUUUUAUCAUCAUCGGAGCAUUUGCGUGCAUGUUGACGCAAAAACUUAUCCAGAGUUGUCCAAGGUUUUACUUCUUUCUUGCUCUUUUAACAGUCGUACCAAACGAUCGCUUAACCGUCGACAGAUCCGUCUGAACGAGGCCACGUCUGGUGCUUGAAAGCUUAACAAAAAAUAAAAAAUUGAGAUGGGAUUCCUUCGUCAAAUUCAAUUUUCCAGAUUCAAGAAUAAUUUCACGCUCAUCCAGACGUUUGCGGUACAUUUCCUCUUUCUGUUUUCCUUCUUUUUACUUCUUAAUGAAAGCGGUUCGACGACAGCAAAGACUGGCCUGAGAGCACUUUAAGUUCUUCUGCUUCAGACUUUUAAUAAAAACCUCAACAAGGAGAUCA